AUGCUUACCAGCCACGUUGUCGGACCAGCAGAGGGCCACGCCCACACCCACACCAUCAUAUUCCUCCACGGGCGUGACAGCGUGAGCGCAGAGUUUGCCAGCGAGCUGUUCGAAAGCGAGGCCUCGGAGCCGAGGGGCAAGCCAAGGACCUUCCGGGACCUAUUCCCGACGGUACGAUGGGUGUUCCCCACGGCGCCGAUCCUGCGGUCGGCGCGGUUCGACACGGACAUGUCGCAGUGGUUCGACAUGUGGUCGACCGAGGACCCGGACGAGCGGCCUGAGAUACAGCUGCCGGGCCUGAGGGCCAGCGUGUCUGCCUUGGGGGACGUCGUCCGGGAGGAGGAGGGGCGCGUGGCCCGGAGCAGGAUCUUUGUGGGUGGUAUCAGUCAGGGAAAUGCCAUUGCCGUGGCGGCCUUCUUUGCCGAGCAGGAGGAGUGGUCUGGUCUUGGUGGAAUGAUCGGGCUGUGCGGCUGGAUGCCUCUGCGUGGCAUGGUGGGUGCUGAGGACGGGACGGUGCAGCUAGGCAGACUGUACCGGGGCACCAGCAGUGAUGCGCCGUCAGAGCCAAGAAGUCCUCGUCCCUUGCCUAUAUUUCUAGGUCAUUCGAGGGAUGACAUUGUCAUCUCGGUGAGCCAUGGCAGGACGCUGAGGGACACUCUCGAGCGGUUCCCCGAUGAACUACAGGUAGAAUGGCACGAGUCCGAGGACGGGGGGCACUGGCUGAACGAACCGCACGGUGUGGACGACAUUGUUGCAUUCCUCAAGAAACACGGCCUAUGA